UCUUUUUCCUCUACUUAUCAUUAUCAGUCCCAAGCCAGAUUCAUCUCCAAUAGUAAAUAGUAUCUAGUACACGUAUUCUCGUCUCUUGGCCAUGGCUACCGUAGAAGAAAUAACCGAUGAAAAUGCCACGCGCGCACCACUGCAUCGGGCUUUAUCCAAUGCAAGGCCGAAAGGUAUCCUGAAGAAUACGCCUGCAGCGACACCUGGCCCUCCCACUCCAGCAGCUGGACAACACCUGCAGUGGGAUGAGCAGAACAUCGCGGAGACAGAGAUUCAGAAGGAUAGUUUGAUGAAGAUCACAGAACCCAAGACUCCUUUUGUCCGAUCUUACACUGUCGAAGAUGAUGAGAUCGAAGGAGAUAUACCCAACUUCGACCUUGACGGUCGAGCCGGAUCCUCCUCAGGUGCAUCGCCAAUCGAUGCCAAACACUCCUCUCGUGGCACUACACCAGAUGCUAGCGAACACGGUUCCCGUCGGACGUCGUUCUCGAGCUCUGGAAGGCCAUCGAUCUCCGGCAGACCCGGAAGUGGAGCUUCUAGUCGAAGCACUAGCUUCAGCCUUCCAAGUGAGACGAUCAGGAAGGAGCUACGGGGAGAACCCGAUGAAAGAGGGGAGAUAGAGGAAGAGGAAAUGGAUGAAGAAGCAUUAAUGAAGCAUAAGGCAUUCUUACAAGCACGAGAAAGGCAUUAUUCUAAUGAGGCUGAAGCGAUGAAGAGAGCUCAAGCGCUACUAGCAGCUGAGGACGACGAUGCCAACGGCGAUGACAAGGAUGCAUCCAUGGAAGGCGAAGAGGAGGAGGAAGGCGAAGCCAGAGAAGUCAGAGAAGUCAGAGAAAGAAACGGUCCUCGAACGAAUGGCAUUGUAUAACUGUUUGUUGGAUAUGGAUAGUUGCACCGUAAGGAUAUUUGAAGACAAUUAUAUGCUCGAAGUUUGUCCUGUUUUUGUAUGCAAUUCUUUUCAACACGUAAAUAGCUUGUGAUUCC